AUGAGACUCUUAGGCAGCGCUUCUGUCUUCAGCAAUUCUUCCCACAGUUGGUCCCCCUUUCUGGGGGCAGGCUCUGCUGGGCUUGAUCCGAACACUCUCAAGCUCAUCCACUGCAUCUACUGCAAGGAGUGUCGCAUGGAGAAGAUGGCGGCAUCUGGGCUGCCGGAGCAUCAUCACAGUCAUCAUCAUCAGCAGCACCAGCACUCGGGGCAGUCGCAGGAAGGGAUCGCCAACGGCGGGUCGGUCAGCUCCAACAACAGUUCGUCGCAGACACCUCUAAUGGGGAUUCCUUUGGCACUGCCCAGAACUCCUCCAGACCAAGCUUCUAUACAGAGCAGUAUGGACAAGAACAAAGAAACACUGAAGAGGAAGCUGAUGUUGAGGAGGUCUGUUAACGAGCUUGUGGAUCGAGGCAUCUACCCACCAUUGAAGACACCACCAGCAUUUGCAGAAAAGACCAAACAGUUGGAGCGUGCAAAGACUGGUGAUCUGCUGCGGCACAAGAUCCAACAGAGGCCAGACAGACAAUUGCUUGUUCAGCAGCAUAUACUUGAAGAUACAACAAUAGACCCAUCGUUACAUGAGCGUCAAAGAUUACUGAAGCGUUCACGUUUGUUGGACGGCCUCAAUGGCAAGCUGGCGCAUAGACCUGGACCACUGGAGCUGGUGCAAGGAAAUAUCUUACAGCCUUCACAUGAGCUGGCCAGUGCCAUUAAGGAUGGAACAAUCCAGUUCUUACCAACCUGUGACACCGAAGAUAUGGAACACUCCAGCUCGUCAUUCUUAUUUGAUGAUGAGAGCACCGGCAGCGAUGGAGCCCCUUCACCAUCCAUGGAUGAGUCUUCAGACGUCAGUAGCCCAAGCUCUACAACACCACUUCCUUCUUCAGAAUCAUUGCCUAUAUCUUUCACAUUAACCAAGAGCAUAUCCGUUCCACUGACCAUCAACAAAGGCCCCCAGAUUCCAUUUGUGUCUGCAAACUCGGCCAUUAUCACUGCAUCCAGUUCCACUUCAACACUCAAUUCCAGCCACCCAGGGACCAGUUUUGGAGCAUCAAUCUUAUCUUUUAGUAAUAACAGCAGUAUCGGCAACAGCUCAGGCUCAAUCUUAUCUUAUAGUAAUAACAGCAACAGCUCAGGCAAGUCUCGUUCCAAAAAGCCAAAACCCAAGACCAUGUCUAAAGCUAGAAUCAUCAAAUUCCAUGAGUAUAAAGGCCCACCUUCAGUUGUGAAGAACCAGUCCUCCAAUGUUUCUGCAGCGGCGGCAGCAGCAGCAGCACUAGGCGGUGGCUGCGGGGAGGACACACCUUAUCAUAUUUUACUGCAGCAGCAGCAGCUUUUUCUACAGUGGCAGUUGGAGUUUCAGCAGAAGCAACAGCACGGGACUGCAAGUGUGUCUGCUGGCCCCGAGACUGCAACAUCCCCGACUUUGAAUUCUGUCAUUGUAACCUCCCCGGUUGUGACCACCGCACCCACAACACACAUUCAUCCAAUUGUUGCUGGAGGAACAGGUUUAGUUCAAGCAGUCUCUCUGCAGCAACCGCAGACGCCCAACACCUCUGCGGUUGCACCUGGGGCCUUCAGUCUGGUGUCCAUCCCGUCUUCAUCCCAAACAAGUACCCAGCAAGCUAGUCCAGCACCUCCUCCGCCGCCACCACCUCCGCCUCCUCUGCCCCCAGUUACGAGGCCAACACAGUCAGUGGCACCAAGACAGUCUGCGAAAGCACUCACUGCAAUACCAGCCAGUGCCCUGAGCCUGCCCAAACUGACUGCAAAUUUAGAAGAGAUGAAAGUGGCUGACCUGAAAGCAGAGCUCAAAAAACGCAGUUUACCUGUUUCUGGACCAAAACCUCAGCUUAUAGAACGUCUGAAGCCUUUUACAGAGUCCAGCAGCAGUAACAGUCCUGUGCUUUCUACUGUUGUGCCUAAGAACUCAAAUUCCAGACCACCUUCGUGUGCUUCUGCUCCCUUGCAGUUCAGUCAGACCACGUUUCACAUCAAGACUGAGCCUAAUGGUGAAACCACAGCUUCCCCUGUUACACGACCCAUUCCUACUGCAGCCUCGUUGUUAACUUCCUCUUCUGCAUCCGGGGCCAGCAAUCAUACCUCCUCCACCUUUUCCAUGCCCAUCACCCUCCCUUUCAUGCAGGGCAUAAAAACAGUUGUCAGUGUCAAGCCAAUGGUCAAAGAGGAACCCAUGACCACCACUGAUAUCUCCCCAGCCAACUCCCCUCCCACCCUGCAGGCAUCUACUCCAGUGCCAACAACACCCAUGAGCCCAGAGUAUGAAGCCACCUCACCUCCUAGUCUGACCCCAAAGCUGACCCUGUCAUCUCAUCCUAUUGCCCAGAGUCUGGGAAAGUCGGCAAAUUUGGGAAGUAAUCACCUUAUACACAACGGGAGCCCAGGGAAAAACCCUGCACCUCAUGGACAGACUGUUGUUUCCAUGAGUGCAGACUCAGCUCAUUCAGCGUCAGUUGUGCCCGCAGAGAUGAUGCCUAUGGAAGUCGACUCUGUGUCCAUUGAUCUGAAUCAGGGAGUAGAUGAUACCGCCUUCAAGGCAGCCAGCAUGGGUCACAGCCUGGACUCUGCAAACUUCAAGGCUCUUGUUCAACAUCCCAUCAGCACCGCAGGGUUCAAGACGCUGUCAUCACCAGCCUCACUGCUACAACUCCAGCAAUUGCAGACACUGCAACAGCUCCAGCAACAGUUGCUGCAGCAGACGCAACUCAGCCAGCACCAGUUUCACCAGCACUCACUGCAGCAGCCUUCCCAGACCACCACGGUUCAGCUGACCGCCAAUGACCAGAUGGUGCUGGCUCAAGCCAAACAGAUUGAAGAGCUGCAACGCCAGCUACAGGAGUCUCACCUUAAACUGAAGCUGCAGCAGUUGCAACAGCAGCACAUGCAGUUGCAGCAGCAGCAGCAACAUCAGCAGCAGCAGCACCAACAUCAGCAGCAGCAGCACCAACAUCAGCAGCAGCAGCAGCAGCAACAGCUGUGGCAGGUUCAGCUUCCGGCAAAUUUUGCUCAGCAGGCACACAUUCGGCCUCAGCAACAACAACAGCAGCAGCAGCAGCAACAAACUCCAAUGAUGAUAACCAACCAGAAUUUAGUCAAUAAUUGCACCAGCAUCAGUGCUGCUGAUGGCAGCAUCGCUGGUGGUGUCUCCAGCGACAGCGGCCUUAUAAACAUGACCGGCCUGACCAGUGGUCAGAUGACAAGUGUAGCCUCUGGCCAAACAACUGUUUCCUUGCCUUACGCCAUACAUAUCAACCUGACCAGCUCUGGACAGGUCAAGCUGCCACAACAGCUGCAGCCAAUCACCACAUCAGCUGCUGCCGCUGCUGCAACCACGACAAAAACAAUGUCACUGCCAUCCUCUUGUGUAAACAGUGAGCAACAGAAGUUAAAUAUCCAGUGCUCUUCACCGAAUCCUUACUUCAGUGGACCGUUGAAAGAACCGCCACGUUAUGAUGAAGCCAUCAAGAUCAAGCAGCAGCAAAUAAUCACGCCAGGGAAUUCCUCUGGUGGCAACAGUAAAGUGCCAGCCUCAAGUGAUGGCUGUUUGAACAAGCCUCUCACUCUUGGACGGAUAGACACUGGGGUCAAAUCACAAACCAUGGAUGAUGUCUUAGAAAUUCUCAUCAGAAAUGGAGAUCUACCACCUAGUGCUGCUACUGAAGCUCUCCCUACAGGAAAACUGGCUCAGGUCAUGGAGUUGCCUGCGACCAGCUUAAAUACAGCCAUCAGCACUUCAUCACAAUGUUUAUCAGUAACUCCGUCCGUGUCGGCCUCCUUAGUCACUGCUCAGAGUCAGUCCAUGCCCUCCUCACCUGCGGUGCCGACCAUCACCAGCAGCGUUAGAAGCAUGAGCAACAGCAUCCACCACAACCAUCAUCAUUAUCAAAUGAGCAACAGUAGCUGUAGCCCUAGAGACCAGACUCUGACAUCCAUACAUACAAACAUGUACUCUGAUACGCUGAUGAAUGACACGCAGAGCUCGCCGCCAAGCCAUCAUGACACCAGUGGCUCUUCCUCCCUCAUGCUGAAUGAUGGAACCUCUCAUUCUGAUGAAGGGGAGCUGCUGGACUGGGGGGAGAUGCUGCCAUCCCCUGACCUAUGCAAUAUGGACUGGUCUUCAGAGUCUGGUUUCGGGCACCUUGACUUGGGAGAUUCCAGCCUUCAUUUAGAUUCAAAAUCUGGUGACAGUCAUCAUGCCAAUGGAGUUCAGAGUUCAUAUGACACCAGAUAUGGAAGUAUACUAGUUCAGGAUGCAAUGUGCAACAGUAGUGAGCCUGGGUCCCACUGUCAGAGUGAUGGUAAUAGCCACAAAAACAGCUUUGGGUUUUGUGCCAUGACGGUGCAUGGAUCAGAGCCAGACCUAGCUGCCUUUAACCUGGGCGGGGACACCAGUGAAGCCAUAGACCCAGCUAGUCAGAUGGACAUGUCAGAAUGGCUGGACGUCAUUAUGCCCAACCCCAGCAUCCGCUUGGAAUGUAUGCAUACACCCACCAGUGUGUCUUACACUGCCGACCCUAUCUUGACACCUCGAACUCAGCAAGAUGUGUUUGACAUUUUCAACUUUGAUGACUCCGACUUUGGUUCGUCUGUCAUGAGCUGGGAUAAGGUGACAGAGCAGGGGACGAGCAGUUAA